AGAACCUUCUUGCUGCAAGGCAACAGCUCUACCAACUGUGCCACUGUGCGGCCCUAAAACAAUAAUAUAUGGUUUCAUAUUCUAGUAAAUGUUUAUUAUUGAUAUUUUUUGUGAGUAUCUGCCAUCGCUGUUGAUGAAUUUUUCGCAGACGGCACAUUGCUCAUCAGUCAUUGUCGUUCCUCUCACAGUCCAGGGUUGUGCAACUGUUGACAGAAUGUAGCUUUAGAUUCACAAUGCAGAAUGUCCCAGGCUCAGAUUAAUACAGGCUUAUGGGGAUUAAACAGUAAACCAACCUGCUGACUCAAAAACUCCCUGCUCCAAUAAACCCCUUUUCCUUUGAGUCACAUGUCUAAGGAUCAGAACUAAGGUGGAAUCAAACAUGUUUUUUUUUAGAUUUGUAAACAUUAGACUCCCAUCCUGGUGUCAAAGCUUUUCUCUGGCCACUUUCAUUUAUUUAAUUUUUUUAAGUAAAGCAGGAUGGCAGAAUGAGCUACGUUCAUAUAUUUCACAUGGUCAAAAAAAAAAAUCUAUCAAAUGACAUGUAUCCCGCCCAAGUCUUGUCUUCAGGCUGUGCCCAGAUUUACAUGGCUGAAAUGCCAGCAACUGAGAGAGGGAACUCUAUCUCCAUUGGUGACAAUCAUCAUCCAAAGGGUGGAGUGCCUUCUCUGGGUUGGUGGAGAGGUCCUGCCCUAAGAGGAGAUGUUUAUGUAUCUCUGGAUCUUGUUCAGUACUGAGGGAAAAGUGCAGCAUGAGAUCGAUAGGCAAAUUAGUGCUGUACUGAUCUGUUGUGGUGAAGAGAGAGGUGGGUCAAAAGGCAAAGGUCUCAGUUUACCAGUCAAUCUCCGUUCCUGCACACAUCUACAAUCAUAAACUUUGGGUAGUGACCGAAAGAACAUAAUCAUGCAUACAGGCUCCUGAAAUGAGUUUCCUCGACAGGGUCAUCCGAGAGUGCCUCAAAGUAGAGCCACUGCUUCUCUGCAUCAAAAGGAGCUGUUUGAGGUGGCUUGCGAUGCCUCCUUGGUGAAGAAGCAUCCUAACUAGUGUCCCAGAAGGAGGAGAGUCUCUGGAUCGGGAACUUGAGGGUCUCAUCUUUACUUUUUGUGGAUGAUAUUCCACAAAAUAUCCUGUUGGCGUCUUAAGGCCACGACCCUCCAGUUGGACUGGAGCAGUUCCCACUUUGAAGCAUCUGGGAUGAGAGACGGCAUCUCUGAAGUCUUGGUUCUCAACUAGUAAAAGCUUGACUGCUUCCUGCAGAUUGGAGGGUCAGCCUCUGCUUAUAAGCAGAGUAGUCUCAGUGUCUUGGUAUCUUUGUGAAGGACGGUACGACUGCAACUUUUUGCAAAUGUGUCUUGAGUUUAAAGAAUGUUCAUGAAAAAAGUACAAUGCAUGCACAGCUGUGUACAAGGACAUCCCUGUAAGCUUCAAACUCCAUUACCCACUGACACCCCGACCCCCACUUAUAAGUCACUACUGGGUUGUUAUAUAUACUUUAUCUUUUUCUAUGUGAUAUAAAUAAACAAUUUAAGCAGAAUCAACGACCCUGGUGCUCUCAUGGCCCCUUCAUACUCAUACCAAAACCCAGACACAUUUGUUCUGCCGCCAGAUGAUGUCAGAAGCAUCCAGUUGCUUUAUGGUUUGUGCCCCCAAAAAAUACCUUUUUUUUUUAAACAAACUAGCAACAGAGUAAAAAAACUUUUCUGAACUUUUCCAUUAUUAAUUCCUGGGAUUCAAUUUUAAUACCCAGGUAAAAAUGAGGAUCCAAUUCCUCCUGGACCAACUGCUCCCCCCACUCCUGAUGCCUGUGAUUCCUCCGUGGUCUUGGACGCUGUUGCCACGCUAAGAGGAGAGAUGUUCUUCUUCAAGAACCGCUUCUUCUGGCGUAAGUACCCCCAGAGUUACACCUUUCAGCAAACUCUCAUAACAAACUUCUGGCCCGAUGGGCCCGACAGUGUUGAUGCUGCUUACGAGAGUCACCAGUCAGACAGAAUAUUUUAUUUUAAAGGUCGUGAAGUUUGGGCUUUCAGUGGCUAUGAUCUGGUACGGGAUUAUCCCAAAUCGAUUUCCAGCUUUGGUUUGCCCAAGAAAGUCAAGAAAGUUGAUGCGGCCCUCAAUGACCCAGAGACUGGCAAGACUCUCUUCUUCGUUGGCAGCAAUUACUACAGCUAUGAUGAGACUAUAAAGACGAUGGACUCAGGAUUCCCAAAGCGAGUUGAUGAAACCUUCUCUGGAAUGACCAGAAAGGUGACAGCAGCUUUACAGUACAGAGGUUACACCUACCUCUACAGUGGUCCCUACAUGUACGAGUUCAGCUUGAGDACGGGGCGGAUGCUGCGUCUGCUGAGAAACAGCUACUUCCUGCCCUGCACCAACWACUAGAUCAGCUUUUGAAGAAAACCAAUGAAGGGUCAAUUAAUUACAGGAUUCCAUCCAUAAUUUAUUAUAUAACCUAUUUUUACUGUUGUGUUGUCCUAUAGUUUCAGGUGAAUAAUGAACCUUUCUACAAAGUGUAAGUUUUUUUUAUUCUAUUAAUGUUCAUGUAAAAUGUUAA